AUGUUGAAUCUUAUAAAAUUCACAGCAGCAGCUGCUUCCCGACAACCAUUUUCAAGAGGUUUUAAGACUCCCCCAUUUAUUUCAUCAUUCCUCUUGGAAAAGAGAAGGAUCAAUGUCACUGGGUUGAUCGACGACGAAAACGCUGAAUCCAUAAUUUUUCAACUCAUGUACUUUGAGUACAGGAAUCCAAAAGCGCCAAUCCAAAUGAUUAUCAAUUCUGGGGGAAGAUUAAUAACUUCAGGACUUGCUGUUUAUGAUCAAAUGAAGGCGCUGAAAUGUCCUGUACACACUUGUUGUGUCGGGAAUGCAGCAUCCAUGGCUGCAGUGUUAUUGGCAAGAGGGGAGAAAGAAUUUCGAUAUGCUUCCGCAAACAACUCCGUGAUGAUCCACUCUGCCAUAGGUGGAUAUCAGGGAAGCUCAAAAGACGUACAAAUUACAUUUAAUCAACUAAUGGCAGAGGAGGACAAAAUUGUUCUCGCUUUGGCAAGAGACACCGGAAGUUCAAUCGAUGUUAUCAGGAAAUGUAUUGAGAGGGAUAACUUCAUGUCCCCUCAACAGGCCAAGCAUUUAGGAUUGAUCGAUAUCAUAGGUACCCUUCCCCCCAUUCCCUCGCCAAAACAUGAACAUCCCAAGGCCGACAAUGAUAUGAAUUAG